AUGGAAGCAUAUUAAUUUUUGGACAAUAUUGGAAAAGGAUCAUUUGCAAAAGUUUACAAAGUUUUAAGAAAGGCAGAUCAAAAGGUAUUUGUUGCUAAAGAGAUGGAAUAUGGUAGAAUGGGUGAGAAAGAAAAAUAACAAUUAGUAUUUUAAAUUUAAAUUUCAAAAUAGGUAAAUGAAGUUAAUAUUUUGAGAGAACUCAAACAUCCAAACAUAAUCAAAUAUUAUGAUCGUAUUGUUGAUAAAUAGACAUAAAAGUUAUAUAUAAUAAUGGAAUAUUGUGAAGGAGGUGAUUUGGCAUAAUUUCUAAAAAAAUUAAAAAAGGAUAAAGAAUACUUACCAGAAGAAUCUGUUUGGAAAAUAUUCUCUUAAAUAGUCUAAGCUUUAUGUGAAAUACAUAAAAGAUAAAAUAAAAUAUUACAUAGAGACAUCAAACCAGCAAAUAUAUUUUUAGAUAAAACUGUAAAACUUGGAGAUUUUGGUUUGGCAAGAAUGUUAAACAUAAAUAGUGAAUUUGCUCAUACAUAAGUUGGAACACCUUAUUAUAUGAGUCCAGAAUUAAUAGAAGAUCAUAAAUAUAAUGAAAAAUCUGAUAUUUGGGCUUGUGGUUGUUUAUUAUAUGAGAUGUGUUCCCUUUAACCACCUUUCUAAGCAUAAAAUUAUUUAGCAUUGGCAAUGAAAAUUAAAUAGGCUUAAUAUGAGAAUAUUCCAUAACAAUAUACAACUGAAAUGAAACGUGUAAUAAGUUGGUGUUUGAGUGUAAAUCAAGAUUAGAGACCAAGUGUAGAUGAUUUAUUAAAUUUACCAAGAAUUUCAAUUCGUUUAAGAGAAAAAAGAUUAAAAGAAAAUUCUUUAUUGCUUUAAUAAAGAGAAGAAGAUUUAAAAAAGAAAUAGUAAUAUUUAAUUGAAUAUGAAUAAAAAUUAAAAGAAUUAGAUACAUAAAGAAAUAAAGAAAAUGUUUAAAAUUGGUAGAAAGGUUAUAAGAAAAAUAGUGAUCGAUCAGAGAAUUCGUUAACUACAGAUUAAGAUUCAGAUUAUAAAGAGUCUACUCUAGAGAAAUUAAUAUAAUGUAGAAGAUCAUUUUAAUUUAAAUAAUAAUGA